AUGUUUCCAGGAUCGGGAAGAAACACUUAUAAUAAUUACACACCGCCACAAGGUGCACCUCCUCAGCAGUUUCAACAGCAAGGGUACGCUCCCCCACCGGGAGCACCUCAACAGUACCAGCAUCAACAAAAUUACGGACCUCCACAAGGAGCACCUCAACAUUACCAGCAGCAACAAUAUUAUUCUGGUCUGCCUCAAGUGCCUUCUCAACAAGGUAGCUAUCAGAGAGGUAAUGCAACUCUUCCACCGACAAAUCCUCAAAGUUUUGGUCAGAAUACUGGAGUCACUUUUCAAUAUUCGAAUUGUACUGGUAAAAAGAAGGCACUUUUAGUAGGCAUUAACUAUUUCGGUACUUCGAAUGAAUUACGUGGAUGUAUCAAUGACGUGAAGAAUAUGGGUAACUUCUUGGUAAGUAAUUGGGGGUAUAAGUGGGAAGAUAUAGUAGUUUUGACAGAUGAUCAAGAUCAAAUGGCACGUAGACCUUACAAGAAUAAUGUAUUAAGAGCUAUGCAGUGGUUGGUCCAGGAUGCAAGACCAAAUGAUUCUUUGGUUUUCCAUUAUUCUGGACAUGGAGGUUUGACAGAGGAUCUAGAUGGCGACGAAGAAAGCGGUUACGAUGAUGUUAUUUACCCAUUAGACUUCCAGCAGGCAGGACACAUAGUAGAUGAUGAUAUGCAUAAUAUAAUGGUAAGAAGCUUGCCACCAGGGUGUCGAUUGACAGCUCUCUAUGAUUCAUGUCAUUCAGGUACUGCAUUAGAUCUUCCUUACGUUUAUUCUACCAAAGGUGUAGUAAAAGAACCUAAUUUAUGGAAAGAUGCUGGUACAGGUGCUCUCAGUGCAUUCAUGCAAUAUGAAUCUGGUAAUAUAAUGGGAGCAGUUUCGUCUAUUGGUGGUCUAAUCAAGAAGGCCACAAAACUGGCCCCAGAUAGACAACAGGUGAUUAACUUUAAGGCAUCACCAGCGGAUGUUAUUUCUAUUUCUGGAUGCAAGGAUGACCAAACUAGUGCAGAUGCCAAUGAAAGUGGCCAAAGCACUGGUGCAAUGUCUUGGUCAUUUGUAAAGGUAUUAUCAGAAAUGCCGAAUCAGUCCUACUUGUCCUUAUUGAACAAUAUGAGGACGUUAUUGAAAGCAAAAUAUAGCCAGAAGCCUCAAUUAAGUAGCUCCCACCCCCAAGAUAUGAAUUUAGCAUUCAUAUUGUAA